AAGCUGAGUUCUUACUGAGAUGAAGAUAAAGAUGAAGAUAAAAAAUAUUUUCUUCAGAUAUUUGAUGAAUGUUACGGUUCAUUCAUUGACUCAUUGUCUUAUACACAUAAACACAUAAAAUACUAUUAAAGUGGUACAACACAAGUAAGUAGUAGAUCACACGGCUUUACUGUGUUUAAUUACAGACACAGAGAGAUUUAAUAGAGCUCUAAUGAGAAAGAAUUCUACUUAUGAAGUAACUGAAUGUGCUCAUAGAUCAUUAUAGACCUUUAUAGACUAUAGUAGGCUCACUCCACUAUGUACAUCGCCUUGUCCAGCACUCUUACUGGGGACAUGUCCCUUCUGGAUAUAUGUUCUGUGGCAGGUUGGUCCUCUCUGCAAACCCUUAUCAGUUUAUAUAACCUGGAACCCACCCCUGGACCUGGAGCCCAUAGAGCUAAUGAUGCUCUGCUCCCAGCUUGUUUGUGCCUUUUCACGACCUCCUGGAGAGACACAGAAAAUAAAUCCUGCUGUUUAAUGGACAAAUACAGAAGUAACAAAUCUAUUUCAGUUUUCUGUUCACACACAGUUUCAUUUAGGUGGAUGAUCACUGUUGGUGCUUGAGGUCUUUAAAUGUCUGUCACAUGAUAUCGACCUCUCUCGACUUUAUACAUCAUCAUAUCUACUGCAGAGAUGUGGAACGUCUCCAUAUUAAUGUGCCUUUGGAAAGGGAGAUCGUAAUCAAAAUCAUGUCUGAUGGUCAAAUCUCCAGAUAAUUUGUCUGUACACUUUACUUCUGGGUCAAAACGGAUGUAUAAGAACAUGUGUGUGUGUUCAGAAGAGGUCAACUUCCUGUGUUGAACAGUUUGACACCCAUGCUGUGAGUUUGUAGAUAUUUUGGGUGUAUUGCUUUAAUCCAGGAAGUACUUUUAUUUCUCACACACUGAAGAAGAGAUGAAGAUGCUGCAGUUGGUUCUGAUUCUGCUCGUGCUGUCUGGUGUUUUCACUCAGGACAGUAAAUGGGGUGUGAAAUAUCCUGAUAAACCGAUCUGUGCUGUGAGAGGAUUCAGUGUCUCCAUUAAAUGUAGUUAUUCUGAUCCACAAACUCGUCAGGUGAAACAAAAGCUUUGGUGCUCGAUGAACUCAAACACAGAUAAGUGUGAAGCCCCACAGUAUGUUUAUAACAGCUCAAUAAACACAGAGUCAGACUUUAAGUUCACUGGAGACGACAAAUCAGACUGUACUUUAUUAAUCCACAAUGUACAGUUCAGUUAUUCUGGAGUUUACAAAUUCAGAUUUAGUACUAAUGUGACCGGUGGUAAAUGGACAGGUGAACCUGGAGCGACUCUACAAGUUACAGAUUUAAAGGUGUCACUAAUCAGACUCAGUGGAAACGGAACCCUUAAACAAGGAGACUCCUUAAAUCUGACGUGUGAUGUGAGCUGCACACACACUUCCUCACAGUUUGUGUGGUCUAAGAACAACCAGCGUUUAUAUACAUCAGGACCCGUUCUUCACUUUCCUGCUCUAACCCUGAGGGAUUCUGGGGAUUACACCUGCACUUGGGGAACCGGUGAGACGUCAGGAUCUGAAACUAUCAGCCUUCACGUGGAGGAUGACACAGAAAAUCCUGAACGUUGGUUGAUGUGGGUCAUUGUUGGUGUGACUGCCGGAGUGAUCGUCAUCAUCACAGGAGCUGUGAUUCACAAAAGGAGGAGUGUCCACACCGAGCAGAAGAACGAGGAUGAUUCUGAAAACUACAACAACGUCCAGAAGGAUGAGGAUGAUUCUGCAAUCUACACCAACAUCCAGAAGGAUGAGGAUGACUCUGCAAUCUACGCUAAUUUAUAACACAGUGAGCUGAUCACAGUUUCACACCUCAUGCUCAGCUUAAAAACUUGUCAAUUUCCUCUUUGCCUUAAAAUAUUAAACACAAACAUUUCCUGUAUGUUGCAUCUGUGCUUUAUUUCAUGAUAGAUGGCUGUUUAUUGUGUUAAUGUUUCUACUUUCAAUAACUUUAUGUAAGAUUUCUAUAAGAUUCUAUAAGACUAUAAGAUUUAUACAGUUGUUUGAUGUUUUAUAUGUAAAUUAGAGUAGAAGUCUAUCCUCCUUUCUCCUGUAUGUUGUGCUCGAAAGUGAGCUGCUACUCAACAGGAUGCAGUACGCACUGAUUUAGCACUGAAAUGUUCAUGAAGUUUCUAGUUAAUAUAAAACUGAUACACAAAAAAAUGAAACACAACCUGCAACACAACCAACACACACUUAUCUGUACACAUGGCAUAUUGAGUAAAUACUUCCAGCUUCUGUGUUAAACCACAUCUUUUACACUUACAGAACAAUAAAAUUGUGUUUAAGUUCUAAA